UUUCAAAGCUCUUUUGAUCGACCGCUCGUCCAUGUACUUCUUUCUGUUUUGUCUUAAUAUUUAUUCGUCAAAAUUUCUCACCCAAGUCAUCACAAUCUUGCAGUGAACAGCAAAGAAAGAGUUGGAAAAAUACAUGUAUCAGAAUUGUAUUCAAUAAGAUGAAGAAAAUGCUGUAUGAAAAUAUUAAGAAAUGUUUUGUGAACAUGUUGAGAAGUCCUACAAUCAUUUUGAAUCAUAAGUGUUGUGAAUAACUAAUUAUUAUGGAUAUGAUAAUAUUAACAUAUCCCAGUGAACAAUUUGAGAAGAGUCUUGAAUCUUCAGGUCCUUCCAAUCAGCAGAUACAACAAACACAUUCGAAUGGGAAGCCUUAUCAAUGUGAAUUUUGUGAGAAGGGUUUUUCGCAUAUCUAUAGUCUCAAACGGCACAGGCGAAUGCAUACCAAUAUGGAACAAUAUCAUUGUAAACAAUGUGAGAAGAGUUUUCCAAGAUUAGAUAAUUUUAAACGGCAUAUGCUUACACACACCAUACAUGAGAAACCGUAUCAUUGUGAACGUUGUAAUAAGCGUUUUACUCAGUCAUGUAAUCUUAAACAACACAUGCGAACACAUACCAACAAAAAGCUCUAUCUCUGUAAACUAUGUGAGAAGCGUUUUUCUCAGUUAAGUACCUACGAACACCAUAAGGCAACACAUUGGUAUGAGAAGCCUUAUCAAUGUCAACAUUGUGGGAAAAGUUUUGGCAGAUCAAGUUGUGUCAAACGGCAUAUAAAAACACAUACCAAUGAGAGGCCAUAUCAUUGUGAACAGUGUGAGAAGAGUUUUGCUAAUUCAGGAUAUCUAAAAAAGCAUAUGAUAACACAUACAAAUGAGAAGCUGUAUCAUUGUCAACAAUGUGAGAAAAGUUUUGCUAGAUCAGGUACUCUCAAAUCGCAUAUGCGAACACAUACUAAUGAAAGGGCAUAUCAUUGUGAGCAGUGUGGGAAAAGUUUUUAUGAGUCAAGUAAUCUAAAACAGCAUAUGGUAACGCACACAAAUAAGAAGCCAUAUCAGUGUGAACAAUGUGAGAAAAGUUUUUCCAGAUCAGGUACUCUCAAAAAUCAUAUUCAACGGAAACAUAUUUGUACCAAUAAAAUGCUGUAUUGUAAUUUAUGUGAUAUCAGUUUUCACUUUUCCCAUAACCAUGAAUGCCAUAUGCAAACAUAUGCCAUUGAGAUGUUAGAAGACAUUAAUAGAUUUAAAACGCACAGUUCUUCAAAAAAGGUCAUUAAAAUGCAUCCUGCUAAAAAACACAAACUCCAAAACUUCACUUACAUAAAUGCAAAAGGGAAAAAUGUUAUUGAGACGCCAAAUUCAGCAAAUCGGUUACACUGUGAUCAAUGUGAGAGUAUAUAUAGUCAAUUAUCUAAUCAAAAACACUCGUUAAUUAUUCACAGGGGGGAGGAAUGUACAUAUACCUGGGAAACAAUAAAUGAUAGAAAACAGUUAACUGUCACACUUAACAGACAAUACAAGUGUUCAAGUAAGAAAGAACAGAAGACACAAAGUACUGUACAUGCUGGGUUUAUUGUUGAGAGGAGACGUGAUGAGAUGGAAGGAUUCAGAUUAUACAGUUCAACACAUUACAAUACUUACCAAGAAAUUGUAUUGUGA